AAGACACAAAGAGGUUUCCUUUUUUUGUCCUUUGACUCUGGUUCAUUCUGGCUCAUUCCCUUGCUCUUUAAAGGUAUAAAAGCAAUUUAAUGAGAUAUCUGAGUAUAGAUUGAUGCAUAACAUAUGCAAAUGAUCUGCAUUUUACUGCCUACUAUUUUCAUUUUCACUACUGGCCUUAGUUCAUCUAUCUGAACUCCAGAGCAGUCAAGAACCUCCAGUUACCAGCUGUGCCUCUCUCCCAUACUUUACACUAACAUUACAUUUGACUAAGGACCCUGGAUAGGUUGUGAUAGGAUGGGAAUAGGCCCUAUGGAGGGGUGGAGGAGCACCAAUAUAGAACACUCACUUCCACUUAAGCUACCCCUCCUGUUGUCCCUAUACUCUCUAACUGACUAACUGGACUCUCUCUUUCUCUGUUUCUGUCUCUGUCUGUCUCUGUCUCUCUGUCUCCUUCUGUCUCUGUCUCUCUCUGUCUCUGUCUCCCUCUGUCUCUGUGUCUCUGUCUCUCUCUCUGUCUGUCUGUCUCUGUCUGUCUGUCUCCAGCAAGAUUUAGCCUUUGGUCCUAGGCACAUGCAAAGUGAUUGGAAACCAGGAUUCCUGGUUUGCCUUCCUGGUGAAUCUGAGGAAAGCAGAUCUUCAGCUCUUCGUCUCAGUUUUCCAUAGGGAGAGAUGGAAAACACUGAGGAGGGCGUUAAUGUAGUAGUUUAUAAGUCAGGAAACCGGGCAGAAGACCUAGAAUGAGGAGUAGGUUUCUGGGAAGCUCUAGCCAAAUCCAAUUUCUUUUCGAGUCUCUGACUUAGUCUGACCUUUGAAGAGGCAAAUAGAGAGAAAGGAUAAAGGUGGGACUCUGUCCUGUCUGCAUUGGGAUUUGAGGGGAAGAGGUUCUCCUGUGACAAGUUGGGGCUCAAUUCCAAGGCCUAAACUAAAACAGCCCCCUCCCAAUUGGAGAGGCCGUAGCGUGGAGGGGAGGGGGGUAAAAGACGGUGAGAAGCGGAUUAAUCCCUUAAUUACGCGGUGGUCUGCCCUGGCACCUGCUUUCAGCCCGCCCAACCCCCAGGAGACUUGCCUGAACUGGGGAGGGGGAGUGGAAAGGAGGAGGGAGAAGGAGGGGACCGGACGGAACUAACGCGCGGGAAGGAGAGCAAUUCUGUGGUUAGGACAACUCACAGAGGCUGUGGAGGGGCGCACAACUCUUGGAUCAAGGGGCUCGGACCAGUGGGCUGGGACCCGAGCCCCCAAUCUUGUCCCAGUCCCGGCCAUGCUACGUUACCUGCUAAAGACGCUACUGCAGAUGAACCUGUUCGCGGACUCCCUGGCAGGGGAUAUCUCCAACUCAAGCGAGCUGCUCUUCGGUUUCAACUCCUCUCUGGUUGCGCUCAACCACAGCCUCCUUCCCCCCGGGGAUCCCCCUCUCAACGGGUCUCGGGCCGGACCGGAAGAUGCAGUGCCACGUAUAGUGGAACAGCCGCCAGAUCUGUUGGUCUCCAGGGGUGAGCCUGCCACGCUGCCUUGCCGUGCCGAGGGCAGGCCCCGUCCGGACAUCGAAUGGUACAAGGACGGUGCACGUGUAGCCACGGCCCGAGAGGAUCCCCGGGCUCACCGACUGCUGUUACCUAGUGGCGCACUUUUCUUCCCUCGUAUCGUGCAUGGACGCCGAGCUCGUCCAGAUGAGGGCGUCUAUACUUGCGUGGCUCGCAACUACCUAGGAGUGGCGGCCAGUCGGAAUGCUUCGCUGGAGGUGGCGGUUCUGAGGGAUGACUUCAGGCAGUCCCCAGUGGAUGUGGUGGUGGCAGUGGGGGAACCUGCAGUUCUGGAGUGUGUGCCUCCCAAGGGCCACCCAGAACCCUCAGUAUCCUGGAAGAAGGGUAAUCUUCGACUUAAGGAGCAGGAAGGACGGAUCACGAUUCGUGGUGGGAAACUGAUGAUGUCACACACACUCAAGAGUGAUGCUGGGAUGUAUGUAUGUGUGGCCUCCAAUGUGGCAGGAGAACGUGAUAGUGGGGCAGCUGAACUUGUGGUUUUUGAGCGCCCCUCCUUCCUGCGCAGGCCUGUGAACCAGGUGGUCCUGGCUGAUACCCCUGCUGACUUCCCAUGUGAGGUGCAGGGGGAUCCUCCACCACAUCUGCGUUGGCGCAAGGAGGAGGGGGAGUUGCCUAUAGGCAGGUAUGAGAUUGGGAGUGACUACAGUCUUCGGAUCGGGAGGGUGAAUGCAGAAGAUGAGGGAACUUAUACCUGUGUGGCCGAGAACAGCGUGGGCCGAGCUGAGGCCUCUGGCUCCCUCAGUGUCCAUGUCCCACCACAGCUAGUGACACAGCCACAGGACCAGAUAGCAGUUCCAGGAGAUACUGUGACUUUCCAAUGUGAGACCAAGGGGAAUCCUCCACCUGCUAUCUUCUGGCAGAAAGAAGGUAGUCAGAUUCUGCUCUUCCCUAGUCAGCCCUCCCAGUCCACAGGGCGUUUCACUGUCUCCCCAAGUGGUCAGCUCAACAUCACUGAAGUACAAAGUGGGGAUGCCGGUUACUACGUGUGCCAGGCAGUCAGCGUUGCUGGCAGUAUUCUGGCCAGGGCCUUGCUGCAGGUGAAGGAUGUUUUCCUGGAUGGUUUUCCUCCCAUUAUCCUUCAUGGGCCAUCAAAUCAGACUGUGGUGUCGGGCUCUGCUGUGUGGCUGCCAUGCAAAGUGACUGGGAACCCUGAGCCCAGUGUUCAGUGGUUGAAGGAUGGGCAGGAGCUGAACAGUGGAGACCUGAGACUCAAUCUUUUGGCUAAUGGCACCUUGCAUAUCACCAACUUGCAGGAGGGUGAUUUGGGGAUCUAUAGCUGUGUGGCCAAGAAUUCCAAAGGGCAGGCCAUAUGGAAUGGUUGGCUAAGGAUACAUGAUAGUGUGGUUGGGUCCACAGGACUCCCUCCUGAGCCCAGUGGUCCCCCUGGGUCUCCCUCUCAGCCAGUGGUUAUUGAAGUCACCAAGAACAGCAUCACCCUAACCUGGAAGCCCAGCCCACAGGCUGGAAGGUCACCUGUUACAUCAUAUGUAAUAGAGGCCUUCAGCCAGGCAUCUGGUAACACUUGGAAAACGGUAGCAGAUGGUGUACAACUAGAGACACAUACCAUCACUGGUCUGCAGCCCAACACUAUCUACCUGUUCCUGGUUCGAGCAGCAGGGAUUUGGGGUCUCAGUGAACCUAGUCCUGUCUCUGAGCCUGUCCAAACUCAGGCAGACAGUGGCCCCUCCAGGCCAGUUGAGGAUCCAUGGCAAGGGCAGCAAGAUCUGGCUGAUGUGGUUGUUCAACUACAGGAGCCCCUUUUCCUGAGUCCCACAUCCUUGAAGGUGUCCUGGACUGUGGAUGGCCAAUCUCAGUUGGUGUGGGGCUUCCGGGUAUUUUGGAGGGCAGUAGGCUCAGGUGGUUGGACAGUUCUGGACACAGGAUCCUCAGGCCAGCAGAGUGCUGUGCUGACGGAACUUCCAGCAGGUGUACGGAUCCAGAUCAAGGUGCAGCCCUACAGCAGGGAGGGACCAGGGCCUGAAAGUGCUGUUCUAACAAGGAGCACCCCUGAGGAGGCCCCCAGUGGGCCCCCCCAGGCAGUGACAGUAGCCUUGGGGGGUGAUGGCAACAGCAGCAUCACAGUUUCCUGGGAGCCUCCUCUCCCCACUCAGCAAAAUGGAAUCAUCCAGCAAUACCAGAUUUGGUGCCUGGGCAAUGAAAGCCGCUUCCAUGUAAACCAAUCAGCUGAAGGCUGGGCACGGUCUGCAGUGCUUCGAGGGCUACUCCCAGGGCUCCUUUACAGAGCCCAGGUCGCUGCGGCCACCAGUGCUGGUGUGGGCGUGGCCAGCCCCCCAGUGCUGGUACACCUCCCUCUCCCAAGGGAUCCAGAACCAGGGCCCGGCCUCGAGAUGGGUCUAGGGCUUGCCGAGCGCCUGGCAAGGGUGCUUCGGGAGCCAGCCUUUAUUGCCGGAGGCGGAGCAGCCUGUGGGGCGCUUCUCCUUGGACUCUGCGCUGCCCUGUAUCGGCGUCGGAGACUGCGCAAGGAGCUCAGCCACUACAAUGCCUCCUUUGCCUACACACCAGCAGUCUCCUUCCCCCACACUGAGGGCCUCUCCCGAGCCAGCUCCAGGCCUCCCAUGGGCCUUGGCCCAGCCCCAUAUCCUUGGCUAGCAGACUCUUGGCCUCAUCCACCUCGAAGUCCUACAGCUCAAGAAUCAAGGGGAAGCUGCUGCCCUAGCAAUCCUGACCCAGAUGACAGAUACUACAAUGAGGCAGGGAUCUCCCUAUACUUGGCUCAGACAGCCCGAGGAGCCACGGCCCCAGGGGAGGGGCCCAUCUAUAGUACCAUUGACCCAGAGGGUGAGGAGCUUCAAACCUUCCAUGGGGGCUUCCCUGCUCAAUCCCCUGAGGAUCCAGGGGCCUGGACCACACAAUAUGCUCUACCAGAAUGGAGCCAGGAUGACAGUGACCUCCGAGGUGGGAAAUUAAAGAUCCUGGGAAAACCUGUACAGACCCCCUCUCUGAGCUGGCCUGAACCACUCCCUCCACCACCCCCUUCCUGUGAGUUAAGCUGCUUGGAGGGGGCUGAGGAAGAGCUAGAGCACAGUUCAGAACAUGAUGAGUGGUGCCCACCUUUGCCUGAAAGAAGUCGUCUGGAAGAGUCCAACCUAAGCAAAGACUGCAGGGCCUCCCCCUCCCAUGGGAAUAUUCCCUCUCCCACUCCUUCUUAUGGAGAUCAAUCCACAGCGACCCUUACCCCCUCACCCCCUGAGCCAUCACAGCCCCCCACUGAAAUUGUCUGUAUCCACCAUACACCCAGGCGAGUGCCCGCUGGAGCAAGUCCUCCUCUCAGCCUAUCCCAGUCCAGCUUGAGUGGCCUCGAAGGAGGACCUGUUAGCCUGAGUGCCAGUCCAAUGCCCCCUCGGCACCUUAGUCCCAGCCCUGUCCCUACCACUACCACCACUUCAGUUAGAGCCAGACUACCACCUAGAGAGAUGGCUUCCUCACCCCCAGGACCCCGUGCACGAACUCGGAAGAAAUCCAAAGCUACUCCUUACAGGAAGGAUCGGAGUCCAGGAGAUUUGCCCCCACCACCCCUUCCUCCACCAGAAGAGGAGGCUAGCUGGGCUUUAGGGCUUCCACCAAUGGGAAAUAUCUCCUCUAUGGAACGAGAGAGGAGAGGGGAGAAAAGAAUGGUUCGAGUUGCACCCCCAGGGAGUCAUCAUGCCUCUCACCCUGAUGAGGAAGCCUGGCUUCCAUAUAGCAGACCCAGUUUUUUGCCCCGAAGCCAGGGGGCUAGUGCCUGUUCCACUGCUGGUAGUAACUCCUCCAGAGGCUCCAGUAGUUCCCGGGGCUCAAGAGGUCCUGGUCGGAGCCGUCGCCCCGGAGGGGAGCAUCGAGAAGUAAAGUUGGGGACAGAAAGAGGAGGAAAAGGCCCAGGGGAGGUAAAUGCUAAGAGGUGAUGGAGGACAGGGGGAUAGGAGGAGGAUGGAGAAGAAAGUGAAUAAUUUUAGAAUGAGAAAGAAUAGAGAAAAGUUUUGAGAAAGAAAAAAUAAGCUACUAGAGUCUAUGGCCUCAGAUUUUUUAUCAUCUUUCAUCAUACUCCUCCCCCCUUCACACACACACACACACACACACACACACACACAUACACACAUGAACCUGAUACUCAUGGGUUUGUUCCAUAAUUGUAAGUGCCCAACUUCCUCUUUCUGCCUGGCACUCUAAUAUCUUGACUGAAAGGGAUGAAAUGGAAAAAGGAAACCCAGAAAGAAGAGGUGGAAGUUUCCUCAAUGGAUGAAGCAGAAUAAAACAUUGACCAUGCUCCCAAUUAAGUGGGCAGCUCUGGGAAGGGCAGCUGUGCAAAGUGGAACAGGCAGUCUAAAAUAGAGGCUUGCCCUCCCCAUUCAUCUUCCUUCAACGUUUCUAUGUCUUACCCCCAGGCAAAGCUCCAAACACCUCUAUGUCUAGUUGUAUCCAGGAAAUAAGAUGACUUUUAUUCAUGACAACAGAAAUAUUAAAAACCUUAUCUAUGGGGGUGGGAAGGGUGGUCUUGGGCCAAAAGAAAAGACUUUAGAGUCCCAGGGAAAGGAUCUAUAAAAGGGAUUUGUGCUUUCAGUAGGGUUGGAAUAGCUGACCAAGAAGUUCUCUCCCUAUUCUGUGAUUCUAUGAUGCUAUAUAAAGUGGGAAAGACCUUUAAUCUGGUAGAAAGGGAUAAAGAAAAGAUGGGUUUUUGCCUCUCCCCCACACCAGGGAAUAAAUCUCUGAAUAUGAUCUGGGUGAUUGGUUUGAGGCCAAGGAGGCUAGUUGUGCUUCUUUGCUUCCAAUUCUUUUUCCCUUAUACCUCUUCUCCCACUUUCCAGCUGAGAUUUUUUAUGUAAAUAAGCCAAUAAAAGCACUUGAUCUCUGUACUAUG